UUCCAAAUCAGAAAUCACACUCAUAGAAACUAGCCAAGGAAAACAUAUCCAAGAUUGUACGGAGAAACCUCUUUUAAGAGAAACUCAGGCCAGUUUAGCUGCGAUGUAUUUUCUGUGGCUAAUUUCUAUGAUCGCUGCGGCCAUGUGCCAAGACUAUGGAUAUCUAUCUGAACACGGAGUCCCGGCUCCAAGCAACUGGUCCAAGGUAUUUCCACUGUGCGGAGGAAAAUUCCAGUCUCCCGUCAACAUCAUAACAAAGAAAGUGAAGAAGAAAAGCUAUCCCGAUCUUAAGAUCAGUUUUGACAACCCAUGUGGCCGAGUGACUGGAGAGCUGCUUAAUGCCGGCAGUUCUCCUGUUUUUAACAUCGACGGCUCAAAGGGGGGCGCUAAACUCAGUGGCGGUCCCUUGGAUUGUGAUGAGUACGCUCUUCAACAAUUCCAUUUUCAUUUUGGAUGCGAAAAUGGUCAAGGAUCGGAACACUUGAUUGACAACCAGGCCUUUCCUGCUCAGCUUCAUUUGGUUUUUUACAACAAAAAGUACGAAUCGUUCCAAAACGCUGUGGAUAAACCUGACGGCCUUGCAGUUCUUGGAGUCCUUAUCACGGCCACUUGCCCGGGAAACAGGAUUCUCGGAAAUUUUGCAAAGAAACUGACAAAGAUCAUAGAAGAAGGUGCCAGCACCAAUGUGACCGUCGCGGACGGAAUUAAGCUGAAUUACCUGAUGCCCUACAAUAACAAACAAGGGGACGAAGAUGAGGAUGAUGAGGAGGAUGAGGAUGAGGAUGCCGCUGAUGGUCCGGACGCUUUAAAAGAAGACCCCAAAAAGAAAAUCAAAUACUACACUUACAAAGGUUCUCUUACCACCCCUCCCUGCUAUGAAUCUGUUACCUGGAUCGUUUUCAAGGACAAAGUCAAGAUCUCCAAUACACAGCUCAACAAGUUCAGGAAACUGAAGGCUCAGCACGGUGGUGCUCCUGGUUUGAUGUGUGGCAACGUUAGGCCGGUACAACCGCUGUACAAACGCAAGGUAUACUCUGUCCUCUCCAGCCGGGACUGAAAGGAUAAUCACCUUGAUUUGCAGAAAAAUCACCAGCCUUACAAAGGCUCCAAAUGUACACCGCACUAGGAAGGGAAAUGUCGCCUUAACACUGCACAUUAUCACACUUCUUAUUUGGAGGGGUCCUAUUACAGUACCGUAUGCUGCAGCACAUACUAUCUUUGUUUGCAGCUGAGCCAGAGAUGCCAGAAAUUCAGAACCUAGAUGUUUGACACAUUUCAAACAAAAGUUGUUGUCUGCGAACAAAUUUCAGAGUAUUUUCUUUCAAUAAUUCUUUCCUCUUCACCCAUAAAACUUCUCAUGCUUUGAAUUUUUCACAUAGACAGCCUAUGAGAGAUUUAGAAUUUCCAUCGUCGUCUGAAUUCAUUGAGAUUCUCUCCUUUGAAAUUGCGUGCUUUAAUGCGCAUGCUUUAAUCUUAGUUUACUUCCAACUGCUGGCUCAGCUGCUUAACCUAAUUUUUCAUAAUUUUUAUGAAAAAGAAGGGUGGGGAGGUGAGGGUCCUGCCAUGACUACGGUCUCAUUGACAUUUCUUGUCAUGCCACAGAGGAUUCUGUGUCAUUCUGAGCAUCCUAAGAACCUCUUCCCCCACCCCCCCGCCCUGCGUCAAGAAAUAUAUUUUUUCCUGGUGAUUUAAUUCAGUUCCUUUUUGGGAAGGGGGGUUGGGGGGAAUUAGGAAUGAUGCAGGGUAGGUGGACAGGGAAGGAAACCAAAUUUUGUAGUAAUAUUUUGAUUUCUCAUUUUUUUGUUUACGACGCCCAUAUUUAUCCCACUUAAAAGUUUGGAAGGAAAUAAAACAUUUCGAAGUCUGCUUAAACAGAAAAAAAAACAGUAAAAAUGGGGAUGAAAACAAAAGAGGCAACGGGAUUGGGGAAAAUUUACUUGAAUUGCAUCUAAAAAUUUGUGAAGAUGUCAGCGUUUUUUUAAAUAAAAUAUAAUCAUUGAA